CCAUCGCUGCCACCCGCCGGUGCAGCCAGACAACUGGUCCACCAGUGACUCUGCUGCCUCAUGGGGCUCCCGCAACCACUCCAGCAGGAUCUUCUCGAUAGGAUCAUGCAGCUCAUAGUGGUCGAUGAUGCCUGUCUGGCUCCCUAGCCUCAGCUAUUUGCUCAGCCCUUCCCCAGUUUGGGAAUCAACGUUGUAUAUUGCUUUUAUUAUGUUCAGACCACGACUCUUCUGGCCUUGGUGGUCUCAGAGACCCCCUUAUGAAGACUCAGAAGGAAGAGGCAUGCACACAGGAAGAAUUUACCCAUCAGAGGCAGGAAUUUUGAGCAGGAUCUUGGGAAAGAGUGCUGACUGACAGAAAUGAGACAGACAAGGAUGCCAUUGAUGAUGCAGAUAGAGGACUGGAGAUACUUGAAGAGGUGGACACACUUUCGAUAACAAACUCAAGAGAGGAGUGGAUUCUCCACCUCUAGCAGGCCUCCCUGCUCUUCCCAUUCAGCUUUAUGUGGAGUUCUGCUUCACCAGAGAAAUGUUGACACCCCACUGUUCCAAGCUGUAUAUGAACAGCUGUUGUAAGUCUGCUUGUGGCAAAGUUCCCAGGCUAUUUCCUUGCUGGUGUUUCCCUGAAGAGGGAUAUAAUGGAGCUGGGCACACAAGCACGUCCCAGUUUUUAAUGGAAAUUUCAGCCCAGUCUCUGCCUCUUUCAAUGUGACUAGGCAGAGAGAGGAGCUAGCCUGAGACAGCCAUUCUGCCCCCUUGAUAUCCAGCUUUACCUACCCAGCACUCCUGGAGGGCCAGCUCGGGCAUUCUUUCUCCACUCUUAGCCUCUGCAGAUGCACCUUGUUCUAAUAAAGUUCUCAGGUACCUUUGGCCUCUUUCUAAGACCCUGGAGAGACAUUUUCUAUGAGAAUUUAGCAUGUGAUUUUUUUCCUCACAGAGACAGGAUAUGACAGAGACUUCCUCAUUUUGUUCUGUCUAUUCUGGUAUUUAUAACAAAGGGCAGAGCCAAUAGCUUAUAUCCUAAGGUGGAAGGCGGGUGAAUAUUUCUGUCAUUCAUGAGCUGCACCCCGCUUCCUGAGUUCAGCUGCCAGUCCAUGUGAAGAGUCUUAAGCCUCAGGGACUAACACUUCACAGCCGUCCCCUUUACAGGGAGGUGAGAUUACCAGCAUCUGCCUGCCACUUGGAUCUUUCACUGUUACCUGAAAGGUGGCCCGCACUGCUGACAGAUGGCAGAUUUCUCAGUAUUCCCAGGAUUUUUGAAGCAAUGGUGUAGCAGCAUCUUCUUCACCCAUCUUCUCCUCUUCCUCAAGUUGGGGGAGGUGGACUCAGACGAGAUCAAGGUGCUGGGCCCCGGAGAGUCCAUGUUGGCCCUUGUUGGGGAACCAGUGGAGUUCCCGUGCCACUUGUCGCCAUACCAGGAUGCAGAGCACAUGGAGAUCCGCUGGUUCCGGACCCAGGUCUCAAACGUGGUGUACCUGUACCAGGAAGAGCAGGGGCUCUCCAGCCCACAGAUGACGCAGUUCCUCAACAGGACCAUUUUCGAGGCUAAUGACAUUGCAGAUGGCAGCGUGACCCUACAUAUCCUCGGCGUGGCUCCCUCCGACGAGGGCCUAUAUGGGUGCCGCUUUCUCUCCCACAACUUCUCUGGUGUAGCCAUGUGGGAGCUGGAAGUAGCAGGACUGGGCUUAGAUCCACACAUCUCCCUUGAGGGCUUCAACGAAGGAGGCAUUCAGUUGCGAUGCAGUUCCAGUGGCUGGUAUCCCAAGCCGAAGGUUCAGUGGAGAGACCACCAGGGGCAGUGCCUUCCUCCAGAGUCUGAAGCCAUCAUCCAGAAUGCCCAGGGCCUGUUCAGUCUGGACACAUCUGUGAUUGUCCGAGGAGGGGCUCAUAGUAAUGUGUCUUGCUCAAUCCAGAACCCUUUGCUGGCCCAGAAGAAAGAGUUUGUGCUCCUGGUUGCAGACGUAUUUCUACCCAGAACGUCCCCCUGGAAGAAAGCGUUCCUGGGAACCCUGGUGACCCUCCCACUCAGUCUGGCUGUGCUCACCAUCCUGGCGCUGCAGUACUUUUACAAGCAGAGAUGCUCCCAAGAGAAGCUGAAGAAGCAGGGAGAGAAGGACAGAGAAAGACUGACUGCACGGUUGGAGAGACUUCAGACAGAGCUUGACUGGAGAAGGUCCGAAGGCCAGGCUGAGUGGAGAGCAGCCCAGCAAUACGCAGUGGUCGUGACCUUGGAUCCCACCACAGCGCACCCUAGCUUGGAGGUCUCAGACGACCUCAAGAGCGUGUCCUCCCGACCCGGGGCGUCCAGUAUCAUGGCCCACGGCCCACAGCGGUUCUUGGAGCAGACGUGCGUGCUGAGCCAGGAGCGCUUCUGCAGUGGCCGCCACUAUUGGGAGGUGCACGUGGGCCGGCGCAGCCGCUGGUUCCUGGGCGCCUGUCUGGAGUCGGUGGAGCGCUUGGGACCGGCGCGCCUGAGCCCCGCGGCCGGCUACUGGGUGAUGGGGCUGUGGAACAGUUGCGAGUACUUCGUGCUGGACCCGCAGCGCGUGGCGCUGGCGCUACGCGUGCCUCCCCGGAGGGUGGGCGUCCUGCUGGACUAUGAGGCAGGAAAGCUGUCCUUCUUCAACGCGUCUGAUGGCUCUCACAUCUUCACCUUCACCGACACUUUCUCGGGGGCGCUCUGCGCCUACUUCAGGCCCCGAGCCCACGAUGGCAGCGAACACCCAGAUCCCCUAACCAUCUGCUCUUUGCCGGUUCGAGGGCCAUAUGCCCUGGAAAAGAACGACAGUGACAACUGGCUACAGCCCUAUGAGCCCUUAGACCCCGACUGGGCUAGUGAUGAGGCGCUGUGGUGACCUCAAGGGCAGGUCCAAGGAGCGUUCUGAACUUCUGAACAGCUCUUUGCUCCCCUGCUGCCAAAGCACGCAGAGGCUCACACAGCAGAAGAAGGACAAAAGGACUUUGGGCACAUGCAGUUUUGUAUAUAUGAUUAUCGUUAAGGAUAAGCGGGCAAAUGAGAGAUCGUUUGUUUAUAUAGCAGGAUUCUAGGGUGUGCACUGUGUGAACAGGAGAGAAGUCAGAAUUAUCAGUUAAUUUGUGUAUAGUUCCGUAUGUUAUACAUAAUUUUGUAUAUUCUGUAAAGUCCAGAAUAAUGACAUUUCAUAAGCAACGAGUUCACCUGUGGCUCAAAUCUGAGUUUUAAACAUUUCCUGCUAAAACGAAAUGGGAGAAAUGUCUGGUUCCAGGGUUGAGAUAGAGAACGCCCCAAGUUUGACCAUUUUGUGCUUUAAAAUAAAAGUCAGUCUUCAGAAACUGAUAGGGAGUGGGGUAGUUCAGAUCUGCUGUGCAAAAUGGGGAUUGUGGUUAGUAACUGCGGAGUGCUUAUUUUGAAACCAGAGUAGAUGUUAAGACUUCUAACUAUUAAAAAAAAAGUGAGUCAGGUAAUUUAUGUGUCAAUUGGUUUGGUUUAGCCAUUCCAGAAUGCACACAUUUAUCAAAACAUACUGUCCACCACAAAAAUAUACAAUUUUUGCUUGUCAAUUAAAAUAAGUAAAUAAACAUCUUUUUUUUUAAGCAAAGACACAUAGGUACAGUUUGGGGUGACUUCCCUGGCCACUUGUGCGACAAUAUGGAAAUCCAUAACAGCAGUGAUGGGGCUGGGGUAGAGGUCGGGGUAGAGUACCUGCCUAGCUUAAGGGAUAUCAUACAUCUUCAAGUGCACUGACAGUGUCUCUGGGGCAGUGCAUCAGUUCCCAAGCACAGCAGGGGAAGGAUUAGGAUGGCAAGAAUGCAGUAUUACAUACAUACAUACUAGAAACAAUACACAGGGUGAAUGAGCUGUAUUUAGGAAUAUAUAUGUAUACACACAUACACAUACUAUGUAAUAACAAUUAAUUUUAAAAGGCCAUGAAUUUGAAAGAGAGUAAGGAGUUGUGAUAUGUGAGAGGACUUGGGAGGGGCAGAGGAAGGGAGAAAUGAUGUAAUUUCAUUAUAAUAUCAAAAUUUAAAAAAAUAAAAUAAUGUAACAUUAGAUACUAAUUAAAAUCCAAAUGUGUAA